GCAAAAAGUACAACGCUUUGUUCACGUUUGACAAACUCGACACUGCCCCCACCAAGAGGACUAGACAAACUCAACCCCUCCCCUUAAAAACCUCUUCGAAAGCCUUCUUCUCCUCUGUUCAUCUCCCUCUCUCUCUCCUUCUCUCAUUUCAAUUUUCUUCUCGUCUCUUUUCCUGGUGGCAUCCAUUUUCUUUCCUACUUUCUUACGGGAAGACUAGAAGCUGACAUAUAUGGGAAAUGGGUACAAUCAACAUCUUCACCAUCACAACAUGCAUCUGCAUCACAAGGGAGCUUUCUUGCCAAUGUUGUGUUCAAAACCAUCCAUUAAAGAUGUGGCUCUCCCCAAAUGGCAAGACCGGUCUGCCUCUUUCUCUGAUGACCCUUUGUCUCCGAAGAUCAGUUGCAUGGGACAAGUCAAGAGGAACAACAGGAUUGUUGGGUUCCCUGCUUCUCACAAACUCACCAUCACCACCAAGAAUAGCUCCAAUAACAGUAUCAAGUAUCUCAAGCUCAAGAAGCUGUUUUCAGGCAAGAAUCUAACUAGUAGCCCUGCCACCACCACAAAUACUACCACCACCAGUUGCAGAAGAAAAGAGGUGUUAGUGAAUGGUACAAGCCGGCCCAAGAAUGAUGAUGGAAAAGAGAAUUCUGCUUCAAUCAACAUCGAAAACAUGGAUCCCCCUUUGCCUGUGAUCAGGAGAGUGCCAAAACAAGGUGAUAAAGGAGAUGGAGAUACCCUUUGGCAGAGGAGAUCACGUGGGGUUGCAUUGAAAAGCUUACAGCUUCAACAGGUACAACUGAACAGACAUCAAGAACCAACCACAGUCUGAUAAGAGCUAGAAAAAAUACACUACAAGAUCAGAUAAUGCAAUAGGUAAUGUAUAUGAUUUGUGUUUAAAAGUUCCAAUUUUGAUGAUUGUUGUUUCAUUUAUGUAUUUCAAGAGAGGCAUCAAAUUAUGGUGAUGCUAAUCGCAGAUGUAUAUGAAUUUUUAUUCAUCAAUGUUCAAAGAUUUAGGCUUUAAUCUCCCAAAAUUA